UUAAAAAUCCCUUUUCCCACCAUCCGGUCCUGAUUCUUUGCUUCGUCUCUCCAGUGAUGUCGUCUCUUCUGAAGGCGGAGAUGCAGAGAGUUUUGUUCCGACCUGCAAAACAGAGACUGGUGGAGUUUAUCGAGAUUGAAGAGCCAUCGCCUGGAAGACAUUUCCUCUGUGUCUCAGUUUCAAAAACCAAAGUGGUGCAGUUAAGUAUAGUGGGAUGUCAGGCAUCUAAGAUGUCCCUAAAGGCUGGAUCCAAGAGGUCCCAUACCAAACGCUCCAGUAUACAGGAGUGCUACAGGAGGACAGAGAUCUGGUCCCUGCAAGACCUGACUCUUGUUGAUGGACGGGACCCUGAUGUGGAUGACCCUUGUUUCUUGCUGCACUUUGACAAGGUGCGUACAGUGACAGCCAUCAGCUGCUCAGCCAAAUACUCUAUCGUGCGUGCCAUGGUGGCUCUCAGCGACCAGCACUGUCAGAGGCCACUGAACCUGCUGAACUUUGACUGGGCCUACAUCAAGCCUACCGCCUUUUACUCUAAUAGAGGAGACUGUGUUGUUCUAUCACAGAUAUGCUUCUACGCAUUCAAUUUGGUGUGUCUGUCCAUGUGUCCCGUGCCCCUGGAUGCUUAAUGGGAUGACAAUGAUUGUGUGUCAAUAAAGGCAUGGGGCAGCUUUAUUAUAUAUUGUGUAUAGGCAUGGAGUGAAUGUAGACUUGUGGCUUCCAUUACAACAACACACCAACUAUGAUGAGUUAUCCACUAUGAAAUGUCUUUUUGCAUUAAUACUCUAAAACAUAUCAAAUAGCAUUGUAUAUUACACUUUACUUUUAAGUA